AUGAAGUUUAUGAACUGCUUGCCCCUCACUUUACUAGCGCUCUGUGCUCGAGUGUCUCAGGGAUAUACGAGCAGAAGUACAACGAACACAUCCACGUCCUUCUAUCUCCAGAUCCAAAAGAGUUCCAACAAGACACUCAACAGCUACUGGGGCUAUGUCGACCCCUAUAUCUCCGCUGACAACGGUGUAGCCUUCCAGUUCAUUCCUGAGAAGAGCAAAGCCACCAACUUCUCCAUUGAGAACAGCAAUCUAGCCGGCUACAUGCCUGGCUAUGUCGCUGGCAGCACCAACGCUGAAGGCACGCCGUCCGGUGACGCCAUUUACAUGUCGCCUCUAGAACUCCUUAAUCAGGGUGGUGAGCCCGUGGUUACGGCUAAAAUUGAUGCAACCACUGGUGUCGUCACACUAAGUAACACCCUUGGCGAUGGUACAAACCGCCAGUUACCACAAGCCUGCUUCAUCUCUAAUUCCGCCGGCCCUUCCGAUUUUUCAUUGCCCGUGCUUGUUGUUGGCGAAGAAUAUUUCACCUCUGAUAGAUGUGCAAACGUCACUCUCUAUUGGAUUCCCGCUGUCAAUUAA